AUGUCGGCGACCUCGAAGGAUACCAGCACCGCGACGACGCCCUCGUUCUUAUCCGCCCUCGUGGUGGGCGUCGUCGUCUUCGCGGUCUACAUGAUCGCGUUCUUCCUCCUCCACGGGCGCUACCGCCACAUCUACCAACCGCGCACGCUCCUCGCCCCCGUCAGCAAACGACCCCCGGAGCUCCCACCCGGUUUCUUCGCCUGGUUCGGCGCGAUCGCGCGCGCGCCGGACAUCCUGGUCUUCGACAUGAACGGGCCCGACGCCUACUUCUUCGUCCGCUUCAUCCGCCUCAUGUGCCUCAUCCUCCUCCCCGUCUGGAUCCUCACCUGGGCCGUCCUCAUGCCCGUCACCGCCACCAAGCCGAACGGCGGCCUCACCCAGCUCAACAUCUUCACCUUCGGCAACGUGCAGAAGAACCACCAGAUCAAACAUCUGGCCCACCUGCUCGUGUCCGUCGUCGUCAUCCUGUACAUCCUGUUCAUGAUCUACAGGGAGUACAAACACUUCGUGAUCGUCCGGCAGGAAUACCUGUCCUCGCCCGCGCACGGCCGCCUCGCGCGCUCGCGCACAGUCAUGCUCAACAACCUCCCCGCCUCGCUCCUCUCCGCCGACGCGAUCCGGUCCAUCGUCCCCACGCCCAUCACCCACGUCUGGCUCCCGCGCAAGACGAAGGCGCUCGACAAACUCUUUGACGAGCGCGACGACGAGUGCGCCCGGCUCGAGAGCGCCGAGGGCUCGCUCCUCUCGACCGCCGCGAAGAACGUGCGGAAGAACAAGGUGCCGACGACGGACGCCGUCGAUCCGGAAAAGGCCGGCGGCGUCGUGGAGCGGUACGUCGCGCCGAAGCAGAUGCCGACGCACAAGACGGGCCUGCCGGUGCUGAAGAUGCUGGUCGGGAAGAAGCACCGCACGCUGGAGACCUCGCCGGCGUACGUGAGGGAGCGGAACGAGCGGAUCACGGAGGAGCGCCAGGCGUACCGCGCGGCGGUCCGGACCGGGGACGGCACCACGUUUGCGCUCGUGAACAGCGCGUUUGUGCGGUUCGAGAGGAUGGAGGACGCGCACGCGUUCGCGAGGGACGUGAAGGCGAUGGCGGGGAGCAAGCUCGUCGGCGCCGCGGUCGAGGUCGUGCCGGAGGACAUCAUCUGGAGCAACCUCGCGAUGUCGCCCGUGAUGCGCAAGGUCCGGACGGGCGUCAGCUGGGCGCUUACCAUCGGGCUCAUCAUCAUCUGGGCGAUCCCCGUCGCCGUCGUCGGCGUCAUCUCGAACGUCAACUAUCUCUGCUCCGAGGUCUCCUUCCUCUCCUGGAUCUGCAAGCUGCCCAAGGUCGUCGUCGGCAUCAUCCAGGGCGUGCUCCCCCCCGUCCUCCUCGCCGUCCUCUUCAUGCUCCUCCCCAUCGUCCUCCGCAUCCUCGUCCGCCUCCAGGGCGAGCCGCGCCGGUCCGACGUCGAGCGGAAGCUGUUCUCCCGGUUCUGGCUGUUCCAGGUCGUGCACGGCUUUUUGAUCAUCACCUUCGCGUCGGGGCUCCCGGCGGCGCUGAAGAACAUCAGCAAGACGACGAGCGGGCUGCCGACGCAGCUCGCGCAGCAGCUGCCCGGCGCGAGCAUCUUCUUUUUGACGUUUGUGAUCACGACGAUGCUGAGUACGGCGGGCGGGACGAACGCGCGCGUGGUGCCGCUGGUGAUGGCGAACGUGAAGAAGAUUUUGGGGGCGAGCACGCCGAGGGGGGUGUGGAAGAUGGAGUGGGGGAUGGGCGCGCUCCCGCUCGCGACGGUGUGGCCGCCCGUGGCGCUGUUGGGGUGCAUAUGCAUCGUGUAUUCGAUCAUCCAGCCCGUCGUCGUCGGGUUUGGCGCCGUCGGAUUCGUCUUGUACGUCCCGCUCUUUUCUCUCUCUUUUUUGUGUCGUGUGGCUGAUGGAGGGGUUUUUUUCAGGAUUUAUAUCACGUACAAGUAUCUGGCGAUGUACGUCGUCGACCAGCCGGACGCGCUCGAGACGGGCGGGCUGUACUACCCCCGCGCGCUCCGGACCGUGUUCGUGUCGCUGUACCUGCUCGAGGUCUGCCUCACCGGCCUGUACUUCCUCAACACGAACGGGGGGAAAUCGGUCAUGGCCCUCGUCGGCGGCUCCGUCACGGCGGCCUUGAUCGUGUUCACGGCGGUGGUGCAGAUUUGGAUGGAGCGGCGCCGGUUCGCGCCGGCGCGGUACGUGUUCCUCGAUACCGGCGCGCACCUGCUCAAGACGGGCUCGGCGGAGGGUCUGAACCCGGCCGUCGGCGCGCCCCUGCCCCCCUCCGCCGCCGCCGCCAAGAACAAGAACAACGCAGGAAAGGAGCCGAGGGCGGAGGAGGAGGGGGAGGAGGAGGAGGAAGACGUCGUGGCCGGCCCGCAGUACGGGAACACGACGGGCAUGCACGGCGCGGCGUUUGACCCGCCGAGCACGUGGAAGGCGCAGCGCGUGGUGUGGGUCGCGGACGACGCGCUCGGGCUCGGGAGGGCGGAGGUGGAGAGGUUGAGGAGGGAGGGCGUGGCGGCAAGCUGCGAGUGGGCGAGCAUGGACGAGAGGGGGCAGGUGAGCGUCGAGAGGGGCCCGCCGGACGAGGCGUGGUACGGUGGGAUGACGGCUGCUUAGAAGGGCAAAAGAAACGAUAUUUCCUCGGUCCCCCCUUUCUACUUUUGUCCACCCCCUCCCCCCCCCCUUAUACUGUUCGUUCCAAUCCAGCCACCUCCCCGUAUCCCACGAUAUAUCCCGCACGACCACACGACAUCGUCGUUUUUGUGAUUCUUGGAGUGGACCAACCUAUAGUGGUAUCAUAUGUAAUAUCUAGUUUCGUUGCGCCAAUACAUGC